AUGGCUGCAAGAAUUGGAAUUGAAAAUGAGAGUCUUAAACAACAACAUAAAGUCAUUCAAGAAGAAAAUCGAGAAACUUUACGUAUUAAUGCUGAAUUGAAAGAAAAACUUCAAGAAAAAGAUAAGCAAUUGGAAAAGCUUCAACAAAAAGUUCUAAAUUUGGAAAAUCAAAAAAAAGAGUUUGAAAUAAUUUCUCAAACGUUAGAAAAAUCUCUAGAAAUGUUUGGAUUAGACGAUGUUAAUGAGAAUAACAAUAAUAUUCUUGAAGAAAAAAAUAAGCCUUUUCUUGGAGAAGAAAAUAACAAAGAAACAAUAAAAUUUCCUUUAAACAAUAAUGAUAGUAUUCAACUUGCAAAAAAUACCUCUGAACAUUCGUGGAGCUCUUAUAAUAUAGAUAACAUUCGAAUCGUGGUUGGAUUAGACUUUGGAACAACUUACUCCGGAUUUGCUUAUUGCCAUGUUAAAGGUUCACAAAUAAUUUGUCAUGAAUGGGAUUCUCAUUUCAAAACUUGUACAGCUCUUAAAUACGAUGAUGAAUAUAAUAAAGUAAUAUCUUGGGGCUUUCCAGCUAAAUUUAGAAGACCAAAUCGACGAAAUAAAAAUGAUAAUAAGCCGGUUGAACUGUUUAAAUUACAUUUGAGUGAUAUACCAGAUGAACUUAAACCGAAGUUUCCAGUUGGAUAUGAAAAGGCUAUUACUGAUUAUCUUAGAGAAAUUGGACAGGUGAUUAAAGAUGACAUUUCAAGAACCUGGAGUUCUUUAAAUUUUUAUAAUGAUGUAUUAUUAGUUCUUACGUGUCCCGCUGAAUAUUCGGAAAAUGCAAGGUCGAUUAUGAGAGAAUGUGUAUAUAAUGCAGGGUUGAUUGUAGAUAAAUGUUCUAGUAAAUUGCAAUUGGUUACAGAAGAUGAAGCUGCUGCAAUUUAUUGCAUGAACCAGCUUCGAGAAUAUGAAUUUGAAACAGGAACAAAUUUCAUGGUUGUCGACUGUGGUGGUGACACAGUAGAUCUGACUACUCGUAAAUUGAUUAAUAGAAAUCAAUUAGGUGAAAUCACUGAAAGAUCUGGCGAUUUCUGUGGAAGCAAUUAUAUUGAUAGAGAAUUUAUCAUGUAUUUAAGUAGAAAGGUUGGGUAUAAUGCUAUGGAAAUGCUCAGAAAAAACCAUUAUGGACAAAUGCAAUAUUUAAUUCAAGGAUUUAUUAACCAAUGUAAAUUGCCUUUUACGGGAGAAAACAAAUACUUUAAUACUUGUGAAUUUGAUCUUGAAGAAUUUGCUCCUGAGAUAAAACAAUACAUUACCGAUGAGAAUAGAAAACAUUUGGAAGAAGAGGAAUGGAUGAUUGAAGUUUACUUUAAUGACAUAAAAUCAAUGUUUGAUCCUGUUGUUAAAAAUGUUUUACAGUUGAUUCAUGCACAACUUAAUAGUUCACCUGAAACAUGUUCGGCGAUGUUUUUAGUUGGAGGUUUUAGUGAAUCAAAAUAUUUACAAAAGAGAAUUAAACAAGAAUUUCAACAUAGAGUACGUAUCAUUUUAUUUCCUAGUAUUCCUACGAUUGUAAUUGAACAUGGAGCUGUGAUAUAUGGAUUAUCUUCUAUAAAUUCAGAUUCAGAUGUUAUUGCCUCAAGAAUUAUUAAAUUUAAAUAUACUUAUGGUGUUAAAGUAAGCGAAUGCUGGACGAAAGACGAUCCAAUUCAAAGAAAAGUCAAUGGACGCAUUGAUAAAUUUGAUUGUUUGGUUAAGCGUGGUACUCCAAUUAAUGUUAAUCAAGAAAUUACGUGUUCUUAUUUACCAGUUUAUCCUACUCAAACAAAAGUAGUUUUUUAUCUAUAUUGUACUAAAGAGUAUGGAGCAAAAUAUUGUGAUGAGCCUGGUAUGAACCUUUUAGGAAAGCAUACCAUGGAUCUUUCUGUCUCAGGUCUCGAUAAACUUUCUUUCGGGUUGACUUUUGGACAAAUAGAAGUUAUCGCCAUUGUAAAAAAUGAAAAUAACAAAAAAAUAUCCAAGACUAAAUUUGAAUUCUACGUCUAA